AUGUCGUACAGCACUAGCAGAGGAAUACAAUGGGUCUUCAACCCGCUAGGUGUGCCCUGGAUGGGUGGAGCGUGGGAGCGUCUUGUAGGCGCAGUCAAGCGGGCAAUCGCUAAACCGGCUGGAAGAAGGAAACUAACACUUCUUGAACUGCACACACUUGUGACUCAAAUUGAAGCCAUAGUAAACACAAGGCCUCUUACAGCACUAUCAUCCAGUGUAGACGACAUUCCCCUCAGACCUAUUGACUUUCUUCAAACACACCUAAGAUACUGCUUAGCACCAACGAGCAGUGAAGAAUUCGAAGAUCCAUCAUAUGACCCAACACUCAUACAGACUAUCUCACAGGCAAAACAAGCGCUAGAUCACGUAGAGAUUAUAACUGAAAAGUUCUGGGAAAAGUGGCACGUAGACUAA